AUGCAGUUCAAGACACUUGCCCUUGCCGCUCUCGCGAGCUUGGCCUCCGCUCAAAGAACCUGGGUUGUCACCGUUGCGCAGAACGGCAGCCUCACCUUUUCCCCCGACAACAUCAAGGCCGCCCCAGGCGAGUUUGUCCAGUUCCAGUUCCUCGCUGGCAACCACACCGUCACUCAGUCCACCUUCGACAAGCCAUGCCAGCCCAUCGCCAUGCACAGCAACGCUACCGGCUUCCACUCCGGCUUCCAGCCCGUGGCCGCCUCUGCCUCGAUGGGCAUGAUCCCCACCUACACCAUCCAGAUCAACAACACCAACCCCCUCUGGCUCUACUGCGCUCAGGGCCGUCACUGCGAGAACGGCAUGUCCAUGGUCAUUAACGAGCCAGCAACCAACCCCAACCGCACCCUCGCCAACUACAAGGCCCUUGCCGCCCAGGCUCAGACCAUUCUCCCCGGCGGCAGCGCCUCGGGCGGCCAGACCGGCAGCACCGACUCCCCCACCACUCCCCCCACCGGCACCACCCCCGAUGGCGAGACCGCCCCCGGCACCGAGACCUCCGAGAGCGCCUCCCCAAGCGUCACGGCCGGUGCUGGCAUGCUCGCCGCGCCAGGAGCCUUUGUGCUCUUUGCCGCCGGUGCCGUUGCCAUGCUUCUUUAA